CUUGCCUUGAAGGGCCUCGAAAAAUUUCAGAAUACAAGGGCACUUCUGGAGAAUUCGGCUUUCAAGGGAAGUGCCAGAAAGCGAUUCGAUUUAUCCGGAUAUUUCGAGGCUUCUUCAUUCUCCAAGGAUCAUGUGGAUUUACCAAGCGGCAAAGCAGGUCCAAGAAAAGGUACAGGAGCGCGCGACGAGCAUUGUCGCGCAAGUCCAAGAUGAAGCUCAGUUGCUGCUGAAGACGAUGAGCCAAGCUCAGACGAACCCUGUUGACGAGAUCAUCUUUGAAGAACUGGAAGACUACAAGGCGUUCCAAGAGGUGUUCGACCUGGACCUGAAGACUGACGAUGUUGCAUCGAUCUUGCAAAAGGAUGAGCUCGUUGCUGACUUGCACACGGCCCUCGUUCCCGAGCAGCUCUCGUACAAGGAAUUCUGGACGAGGUACCUGCAAUGAUGCUCACUCCCCUAUGUUAGUGACGGCUGAAUAUUGAAUUCCGGAGUAGAUAUUACUUUCGUCAAUUUUUGCAGUUGCGUCAAGAAGAGGAGCAGGCAAAGCGGGACGAAGAGCGUCGACUUAAACUCCAAAAGGAGCGCGAGCUGCGAGAACUUCGCCAGAAAGAAGCGGAAGAAGAGGCCGCUCAAGCUGAACGCGAACGUGCCGAGCAGCAUGCGAAGGAAAUGGACGUUCAGAUGUGGAAGGACCAAGUUGUGGCCCUGCAAGAGGUGAUAGCGAGUUUGGAAAAGGCAGAUGUGUCGAACCACCAGCUCUUGGCCGAAGAGUACGAGGUCAAGCUCGCGCAAAUGACGACGCAAAUUGAUGAUGCCAGAGCCUUGGGGUACGAAGAAGGCAUAGCCAAGAGCGAGCAAAUCGUGAAGUCAAUUCGAGACAGUACGCGCAUCGAGUUGAAAGAGAUCGAAGAGUACUUGUUGAGCUUGACCGUCCCAACUGCCACGAUGCCAUCGCCACCUGAGUUUGUGUCGGCUGCUUUGGCGCAAAAGAUUUGGGCCUUGCACGGUUCUGCGACUGGUCGCAACGACGUUGACGCUGCUCCACUGUCUCAGGGUGUAUACGCCGAACUCGAAUCGCUUCGACGUGAGAACGCAUCGCUGAAGGCAAGUGCCGAACAGGCACAAGAAGGGUUGAAAGAGUUGGAAGUGUGGAAGGCGCGAGCAGUCAAGAUGAAGAAACUCAAGGACGAGACAGACGUCGCAUUUAAGAAGCACGAGGACGAGUUGAAGGUGUCGGUUGCAAAAGCCUUUCAAGACGGAGUGGCCAAAGGGAAAGAUGAAACCGCGGCUCAAGUGGCAUCCCUCCAAGCAAAGCUGAAAGAGAAAGAGGCGGAUAUUGACAACCUGACGAAGCAAGUUGCUUUGGCAGCCAACUUAACCUCAGCGCCAACAGUUUCGCCCGUCGAAGUUGCAGGGCCUCCUACUGUGGAAGACAGUGCCGCGGAAAUCUCAAGCGACGAUGUCUUCAACGAAGAGCGUCGGGGAGAUGAUUGGGGGGAAUGGGACUAAAGAUAUAUUAACUCGGAUGCUACUUGUGCUGGAAUUGCCUGGCAAGAACUUCUCGCUUCAAGCUCUCGUACGAAUCUUUCGCCGGGUCCCAAUUUGGUAAAAUAUACGUGACACGCGGCCGUGGCGGCGGCCGCGAUCGCAUCUCGAGCGUUUCUUCUUCAUGAAACGCGUCAAAGCAUGACGAGGGGUAA